CUUAUUCCUGAAUGAGAGUUCCGAGAGGGACUCUUCGAGUACUCUUCAAUGCAGCUCCGUACACGUUUGAGUUAGCUACUCUUCAAAUUAAUACCUAUUUAGAGAAUAAUAAUAAUAAUCGUUAAGAAAUGGAUUCGUGUGGGAUUAAACGCUCUUUACUAUUCUUUGUAUUUAUUAACCGUGUAUUUAUUACUCUGCAGUCUAAAGAAGUACUAUUGGACAUGAAGUCGUCUGGGGGUGAGCUUGGCUGGUUGACCUCACCUUAUGAGGAAGGGUGGGAGAUCGUCCAGACCGUGGUGAACGGCUCGCUGCUGUACACCUACUCCGUGUGCAACGUGGCGGAGGGCGAGCAGGACAACUGGCUGCGCACCACCUUCAUCCAGCGGCGGCCGGCGGCCUCCCGCGUCUUCGUGGAGCUGCAGUUCGUGGCGCGGGACUGCAACACCUUCGACGGCGCCUCGCUCACCUGCAAGGAGACCUUCAACCUGUUCUACGCCGAGUCGGACGCCGACGUGGGCACCAGCUUCCGCAAGACGCAGUUCCGCAAGGUGGCCACCAUCGCGCCCGACGAGAUCACGGUGCGCGGCGAGGUCAACGUCAACACCGAGACGCGGACGGUGGGGCCGCUCUCCCGCAAGGGCUUCUACCUGGCCUUCCAGGACAUCGGCGCCUGCGUGGCGCUCCUGUCCGUCAGGGUGUACUACAAGACCUGCGCGGCCACCGUGCAGAGCCUGGCCGCCUUCCCCGAGACGGUGGCGGGCGCGGAGAGCCAGGCGCUGCAGGAGGUGGCGGGCGCGUGCGUGGAGAACGCCGUCAGCCCGGAGCCGCCGCGCAUCUACUGCACCGCCGACGGCGAGUGGGUGGUGCCCGUGGGCCAGUGCCAGUGCCGGGCCGGCUACGAGGCCGUCGGAGACUCCUGCCGAGCGUGUCGUCCCGGGUACUUCAAGGAGUCCGAGGCCGGCAAGCGGUGUGAGCCGUGCCCCAAAAACACCCAGGAGUCGCCCUCCGGCAGCCUGUCCUGCCUCUGCCAGGAGGGGUUCUACCGCACCUCCACCGACCCCGUCACCACAGACUGUUCCGCUCCGCCCUCUGCCCCUCUGGACCUGGUUGCCACGACGGCGCUGAACGCGGCGGGGAAGCUGGAGCUGUCGUGGAGCCCGCCGGCGGAGACGGGGGGGCGGAGCGACCUGGAGUACGCCGUGACGUGCGAGCGCUGCGACGGCGGCGCCUGCCUGCCCUGCGGCGAGGGCGUGCGCUUCGAGCCCCGCCCCGCCGGCCUGCGGGAGGCCUGGGUGACCGUCGGCGGGCUGGAGCCGCACCUCAACUACACCUUCACCGUGGAGGCGCGCAGCGGCGUGUCCCACUACAGCGGCCAGCGGGCCUCCGCCUCCACCCCUCGCCACAGUUCGGAUCCGCCCAAGGUGAUGUCGAUGCGGCUGGACGAGCGGAGCGCCACCAGCCUGUCGCUGUCCUGGGCCGUGUCCCGCCGAGCCCAGCCCCAUAACGGCCCUCGCUACGAGCUCAUGUACCGCAAGAAGGAGAACGACGGUGAGAAGGACGUGACCACGUACACGGUGCUGGUUCUGGAGAAGAGCUCGGUCCAGAUCGACGACCUGGCGCCGGGCACCGUCUACGUGUUCCGGGUGCAGGCGCUGAGUCCGGAGGGGAACCCGGGCAGCAGCAGCAUGGAGCGCGAGUUCCAGACCCUGCCCGAGAUGGAGGCCCAAACGUCAACGCCCAUCAUCAUGGGGGCCGUGGUGGGGGGAGGAGUCAUGCUGCUGGUUGUCGUGGUGAUCCUGCUGCUUCACAGACGGAGGAGGAACCCUCACGCCCGUCAGGGUCCGGAGGACACCUACUUCUCCAGCUCAGAGCAACUGAAGCCCCUGAAGACCUACGUUGACCCCCACACGUACGAGGACCCCAACACGGCCGUCCUCAAGUUUGCCAGCGAGAUUCACCCGAGUCAUGUGGUCAAGCAAAAGGUCAUCGGAGCUGGCGAGUUUGGGGAGGUCUACCGAGGGGUGCUGAAGGCGCCGGGGCGCAAGGAGGUGGCGGUGGCCGUCAAGACGCUGAAGCCGGGCUACACGGAGAAGCAGCGGCAGGACUUCCUGAGCGAGGCGAGCAUCAUGGGACAGUUCUCCCACCAGAACAUCAUCCGCCUGGAGGGCGUCGUCACCAAGUUCAAGCACGCCAUGAUCAUCACGGAGUACAUGGAGAACGGGGCUCUGGACAACUACCUGAAGGAUCACGACGGGGAGUUGACCUCGUACCAGCUGGUGGGCAUGCUGCGUGGCAUCGCUGCGGGCAUGAAGUACCUCUCCGACAUGAGCUACGUGCACCGCGACCUGGCCGCCCGCAACAUCCUGGUCAACAGCAACAUGGAGUGCAAGGUGUCCGAUUUCGGCCUGUCCCGCGUGCUGGAGGACGACCCCGAGGGAACCUACACCACCAGCGGAGGAAAGAUCCCCAUCCGCUGGACGGCUCCGGAGGCCAUCGCGUACAGGAAGUUCACCUCGGCCAGCGACGUCUGGAGCUUCGGCAUCGUCAUGUGGGAGGUCAUGGCCUUCGGCGAGAGGCCCUACUGGGACAUGAGCAACCACGAGGUGAUGAAGGCCAUCAACGAGGCCUUCCGGCUGCCGGCGCCCAUGGACUGCCCGUCGACGGUGUACCAGCUGAUGCUGCAGUGCUGGCUCCAGGACCGGUCCAAGCGGCCCCGCUUCGCCGACAUCGUCAGCCUGCUGGACAAGCUGCUGCGGAGCCCCGAGUCGCUCAAGACCAUCGCCGACUUCGACCCCCGCGUGUCCAUCCGCCUGCCCAGCACCAGCGGCUCUGACGGCUCCCCCUUCAGGUCGGUGUCGGAAUGGCUGGAGUCCAUCAAGAUGAGCCAGUACAGCGAGAACUUCGCCCGGGCGGGCGUCACCUCCAUGGAGCAGGUUCUGCAGAUGAAGAACGAGGACAUUCGGAACAUCGGGGUUCGGUUGCCGGGACACCUGAAGAGAAUAGCCUACAGCAUUCUGGGCCUGAAGGACCAGACCAGCACGCUCAGCGUCUUCGCAGUGUGAGCCGAAGCCGACGGCACUCUCCGGAGCUGCAGCUCUUGCACUGAACUGGGGCCGUGGGCCGGCCGGGCAGGGGAGGAACGGAGCUACGGGGUCCAGUUCUGUUCACUGGAAACGAAAACAUCGCCCCUGUGAAAACUGACUGAAGAGGCCCCGCAGAGCCCGCUACUACGGACUCCGACCAGAGACCUCAGCCCGACUCACUGUACUUAUAAAACGGCAAAGGGAGAUUAAAAUGCCUCAAAAAGGACAAAAUAAGCUUUUAUAUAUCAGACUUUUUAAAAAAUAUUAACUGACUAUAUUUGCUAUACAUACCUUUUUGUAGCUGUUGUACAGUUCUUUUCUCCUUGCGCGGUUUUCUUUUUAUUUUUAAGCAUGAUUUGCGAAAGAUGAGUAGAUUGUAAACGCUACAUAGGUUAUUAUUCUGGCAGCCCAGGAAGAUGAAGUUUGAAUGUGGAGUGAUUUCAGAUGCCUUGGGGGACUUGCCAUGUUUGUGUAUUUAUUUAUUUUUUUAGACUGGGAAGCUGCAGCCUUGAAGGGAUUUGCUGAUUUAUGCUGAGAGCUGUUUGUUCGUAAUUCUGCAGAUCAUUUAAACAAUGACUCACCAGGCAGUAAGGCUAGUUGCGAGGAGAUUCAGAUGUUUUUUUUUUUUUUUUUUUAGCCCUGAUGGACUGUUAACCUGAGACUUAAAAAAGAAAACCCAGCACAGACUUUUACCUACAAUCAUAAAAUGUAAAUUCUUCCUUCUUAGCUGUCGAAGGUGCUCAGCUGCACGAGACCGCCCGUGUUGAACACGAACCGCGUUUGUGUGUUCGUGUACAGCUAAGCACCUUCAGCUUCAGCGGAGCUCCUGUGGGCUUCAGACCCCUGGUGUGGGCUGUCCUCAUUGGCUCCCUGCUGUGCUGCUUCCUGACGGGGUGAUCAUGAAUUCUUUCACUCCUGUGUAUCCCGCUGUGUUUGUGGGAGCAGGGGGAAAAAAAGCAUAGUUUUCUGAUAUUUUAAUUUAGAAAACUUGGGGGGCAAGCGUUUACAUGGUCUCCACAUCUCAAGUAAUGCAAUGCGAUCAGAGCCAGACUGCAGGUUUCUUGAAGCUCUGUAAGCACUUACCCUGUUGGCUCACGUCCUCUCAGAAAACAUAAUUUAUUUGCCCUGACGUUCAAGACAUCUGGCGACUUACCUGGAGCUGAGAAACUACGUCCUUCCAUCUGAAAAUUACCGGCGUUCGCCCAAAAUUUGUCUCGCGGCGAAUGGCUGGAAGCUUUUAGGACUUGAAGAAGCGAAUCUCGAUUUUUGGUGUUUCUCAUUACUUCCCAUUGUUCCCCAGUAUCAGUCCGAAUGUCCUCUGCCAGAGGACAUUUUUUGGGAUUUUUACUGAAGGGCAGUUACAUUUGUUACUUUGUAUGAGAAAUUCACUUUAAAAAAUCAUUGGUGGCUUCCCCUCUAAAAAUUUUGCAGUUGUAUGAUAUAAUAACACAUUAUCUUUCUUGACAGGAUGGUGUGGUUGCUCCUUCCAUAUGUACAAGAUUUAAAUCAAUAUUCCAAACUGAAAGAGAGUAGCCCAUUUUUUUGUGUUAACUUUAUUUAAUAUUUAUUUCUUUUUUUAUUUAUUGUUUAAAAAACACUUAAGUUGGGACUUGUUUUGUAAUGAAAUUUAUUUUUCUGUUCCAAUAAAAUCUUUUGUCUAAA